GUAGCGGUAUACACAGCGCACAUUCGUUUUCUGACAGUCAGUAGUUAGUAGGCUGUUACGAUGUGACAAACACCUGUGGGUUCUGGCAACAAAUCGAAUAAGAUAUUACUGAUAACAAUGUGAUAAUUAAUCGUGUAAGAUGUGAUAGAUCAAAUGCAUUUUCAAUUAUUGCUUUAUCGAUGACUUCAUCCCGUUUACGUCAUUUAUUGGAGAGCAGUAUUAUACAAGACGGAUUAAAUGACAGCGCUAAACGGUGGGGGUGUUUACAUUACAGUUAUGAGCUGAAAAAUAUGUUCAUUGUAUUUCCAGCUGUGUCUUGGACAUUUGUGCGACGUCAUUCGUAUCUCUGCAACAGCAAUAAUCUAAAAAUGAUACCAAAUACCGACUCAGUUCUUUAUCAUCAAUGCCACGUGUUUAUCUUGAACGUAUUUAUUGAGUUGAAUAUAACCUAACCUGAUCCUAAAAUCGAAAUACAUAAUUCAUUUGAAUGAAACAACUAAUUGAUUUGAAUAAGACCGAAUAAUAAUCGUUCAAACAAAUAAACUUUGAAGCACUGCGAGAGAACUACUUGUAUAUUCGCAGCUCUGCUGUGAUACGUAAGAUCUGUGACAAUUUCUUUUAUGUUUGAGAAAUCAGUUUCUUUUGAGCGCAAAGAUGACAAAUCUAUCCCAUGUGAUGACUUUGGCGAACAGUGUGAUAGGCGUCAGUGUUUUGGCAAUGCCGUUCUGCUUCAAACAAUGCGGUAUAGUUUUGUCGAUACUGAUGCUACUAGUCAGCAGCAUUCUAUCAAAAUUUGCGUGUCACUUUUUGGUCAAGUCAGCUGUGAUGUCUCGUAGACGUAAUUUUGAGUUUCUUGCCUUUCAUGCAUUUGGACGUGCAGGAAAAUUUCUGGCAGAGCUAUUUAUCAUUGGGUUCCUCAUGGGGACUUGCAUUGCAUUUUUUGUUGUUGUUGGAGAUCUUGGACCUGAAAUUAUAGGGAAAAUGACUGACCAAACUCCUGCAGACAUCCGCACUAGUCUCCUUGUCUUGAUAGGUGGCUUUGUGAUCUUGCCACUUGGGCUGUUAAGAAAUGUUGAUAGUCUGUCUAGCAUUUGUACAGCUACUAUUGGAUUUUAUCUAUGUCUUGUUUUAAAGGUAAUGAUGGAAUCAAUGGCUCAUAUAUUUGCCACAGAUUGGUAUGACAAAGUAUUUUUUUGGCGUCCUUCGGGUAUUCUACAAUGUUUACCGAUAUUCUCAAUGGCGUUAUUCUGUCAGACUCAAUUAUUUGAAAUUUAUGAAACGAUUCCAAAUGUUUCUCUUGAUAAAAUGAACCGAGUCGUAGAUGUAGCUCUGAAUAUCUGCACAGUUGUUUAUGUCUGUGUGGGAUUCUUUGGGUACAUUGCAUUCUGUAAUGUACCAUUUACAGGAAAUAUCCUGAUGAGUUUUGAACCGAGUUUGUCAUCAGACGUAAUAAAAAUAGGCUUUGUUCUAUCAGUUGCAUUCAGUUUUCCUUUGGUAAUUUUUCCAUGUCGAGCAAGUCUAUAUUCGCUUUUGUUUCGUUGGGCUCAUUCACACGAGACGACAAGCAAUUACAUUCCUGAAAGUCAAUUCAAAGGGCUUACCUUUGUUAUAGUUGGAGUAUCUUUAAUUACUGGAAUCCUAAUACCAAAUAUUGAGUUUGUAUUAGGAUUGGUUGGAUCCACAAUAGGUGUAAUGAUUUGCCUUAUGUUUCCUGCGGCAUUCUUUAUUUCAAUAAGCAGCAAAAAUACUUCUGAAAGACUACUAGCCCAGACAAUCCUCUUCAUAGGAGUUUGGAUAAUCAUCUUAGGGACGUAUGCCAAUCUCUAUGCCAUGGAGGAAUCGGCUAAUGCAAAGCUCACUGUCAUUACAGGAGACUCAAUUCACCAAUUGAACAACAUUCCCAUAGAUUUGUCAAACGAGAAGAGUGCCCAGAUGUUACCCCCGCUACCAAAAUUAGACACUCUUCCAGAGAUCAAAGUAGAUGCAAAUUUCAAGCCUGUCUUAGUAAAUGAGAUUGAUGUACCAGAGAAAGUCCCGAAAGAUGACGUCCGUCAAGAACCGCCAAUUCCAGUUGAACGAGCAGUAGUGACUGAGAAAGUCAUUGCCGUAACUUCAAAUCCUAAGGAUUUUGCUCCUAUAAUAAAAGAGAUAGUUGAGGAAAUCAAAAAGUUAGAUAAGAACAAGCUAGAAAAUUCUUCGCAUAAAGAUGAACUGGAACUCAAAAUUAAGAAGGAUGAAAAAGAUAGUAGAGAGCCACUGAUAGUUUUGAAUGCUGAUGAAAAGGUCAAAGAGUUAGAAGUAGAAGAGAAAAAGAUUCAGAACAAAAAUGACAUUUUAAUAAAUUCAGAUGCAAUUAAAAAGGAAGAGUCAGAGUUGGCGGCAGCCAGAGUUUUUGAUGAUCGUGAAGAAGAGCUGCGAAAAACUCUACAGCAGCAUAAAAUAGAUCAGCAACAGAUGUUGGAAGAAGUAAUUAAAAUAAGUAAUAAUUUCAAACAAGAAAGAGAAAAAGAAAAAAAAGAAAAACUGGCCAGUAAAACCAUUGAAAACAAGGUUUUAGAACGAGACAACAGAGACUAUGACCCAAUUAAUAAGCCACUUGAUGUAGCAGCCAACAAUUUAAGCAACAAACUCGUUGCAAAGGCUGAACCCAUGCCGGUACUAGAUAUCCUGACUGAAGACAAAUUAUCAAAGAUAGUGGAAGGUCGAGUGAAAAACGUUGAAAUUAAUGAUGAGACAGCCGGAAACAAAGUCGAUCUGAAGACACCAGAGGAUCCAGGCUUGUUUCAAGUAGAUCAAAAGCAAACCAUGAUAAAAUCCCGUGGUCCGAUUCUCAGUGCAUUAGUUAAAAAAAUUCCAAAGUCUAGCCAUAUUAACGACAUUCCGGUACAUGUGAAUCAUGCCCAAAUCAAUGCCUCAAAUGAUCUAACAAAAAUUGAUAAUAAUAACAAUACCCAUAACAUAAAUAAUAAAAAUAUAAGUAACAAGGUACCAGUUCCUAUCGCCUUGGUAAUGAGUGAAAAGACAAAAAAAGGCGGAUCGAACGAAGAAACGGCAAAAUUGGAUGAAAGUGGUAAAGCAGCAAAACUUGGACUUGGCAGAGAUAUACUAGCGAAUGCAGAAAGAAAAAAGAGAGAGAUAAGUGGUGGAGAAAUGCUUAAUGAUUAUCAGGAAUCUGCUAAUAGAUUAGCUUUGAUGGCACCAAGUAGAAUAGGAAAACUCGUAGAAGUAGAUUCGCUUAAUGAUCAUGAGUGCAGUAAAACAGAUAAAUCUCUUAUGGAAACUGGUGAGAAAAAUGAAACUGCCGAGUUGAUAUCAAAAAAGGGGAAAGUUACCACAGAGAAACUGCUGAUUAAAACCAAUUCUUAUCUAUCGGAUCAGAGUCUCAUUGACCAAAAUACUUUAGAUAGUAGUCUAAAUUUGAAGAACAAGUUUGUGGACGCUAAUCAGAGGGACCUAAAGCCUGUUGGUUCCAACAACGAAAAAAAGUAAGUAAUAAUACAUGACAAGACGAAAUAAGACUGCCGUGUAUGAGUUUGAUUACUCUUUUCACACAUCAAGUUUUUGCACUAUAUUUUUGAAGUAGGCUUCCAAAUAAAAAUUUCAUAGGUCACGGACAGCUUAUAAUUUGGUGAAAAUAACGUUUCGUCAUUAGUAAAAUCCAACGAAAUUCUGCGGGAAAGCAAAAUUUUACUUUAUUUACGAUAAUAUAUAUUUGUGCAUAUUUACCUUUUAUUUAUUUUAUUUAAUCGAUUGUAAUAACAAUAAAAGUAACAAUAUUUGUAGAUCAUAUACAUGUAUGUUAAAUGGUUCAUGGGAAUUUUGUACAGCCGAUUUACUUGAGAAUGUAGAUUCAUUUCUCCAUAUUGAAGCUAUAACUUGAAAAGCUUGGUGAAAUAAGUACACGGUACAUGAGUAGCUUAUUUCUCGUUUAAUUACGCGGCAUUUAAAGUACUCGAUCAUUAUAAAAUAAUCAUCAUAAUUCUUUAAAAAGUUUAUAAUCUAAAUAUCGAGAUCCUGCUGAGAAACUCUGAAUCCCAGUGUAAGCCUAGUGACCAGACGUUGAGGUAACGGAUAGCUUAUUCAAAAAUUUUUAAAGAACUUGCACGGCAGAUAUGUAUUAAAGAAUGUUAUUCAUAUCAAAGGUGAUGAAAGAUAUUCAAUGUUUUGUUUAAUAAUUCAGUAAACGAUACUUUACCGUCCAACUUGUGUUGAAGUUCUCUAUUUUUCCAAAUAUCUAUUUUUGAAACGUUAUCUGCUAGAAGCACUAUUAUAUGGAAAAAUUGUGCCACACAUUGCUUUAACUUGUUCGUAAAUCCCAAAAAAUACGAAGCCUCCCAACGUGAACCCAAACACUCUAGGAGCAAAGCCAGCGAACAGCCUGUAAAAAAUGUAUCAUAUGAAAUAUAUCUGUUGUAUUUAAUAA